GUGCAGUCGGUUUCAGUGGGCUUUUCGCUCAGCCCUACAGAUCGUCUGGCACGAGUGAAGCAUUUACUGCUCACUCGUGGCGUAGCAUCUUCAGACCCCGGUUAUUGACAAGCCUCUAAGGCCUCCAUUGCUGACAGUAGGAACAUUCCUAUUUUGUCUGACGCUCUCUCCUUUUCUCUUUCUCAUCAUUGCUUUUGGUUAUUUUGUUACGAAACGGUUGAAUAUUCGACACCAUCCUCACGGCGAUCUUAUCUCGAACCGAUCUGUGACCGUUGUAAACCCGCGAUUAUCAAUCAGAUUAUAUCCGUUGAUUUGCGACAACCCCCAGCCUGAAGAGGCUGCAUUUAUCCGAGUUACAUUUUGCUCAUGAUCGGCGCCCCUCACGGCUGAACGAUACCAUCUCGAUCCGCUGUCGCAUUUCCCCUCAGUUCCAUGAUCGCACAAGAUGAGGAACUGGGGGUGUAGCUUUUGCCUUACCUCGGUCGUUGGUGCAUUCUGGGCUUUGGGUGUCGAGGCGGCCGACUACAGAAGACAUGAUGGCGUUCAUCGUAUUGAGAAGGAGGCGCAAAUCACACAGCCAGCGGGUCUUGCUCGACGAGCCGAAGCGCAAUGUGCGACGAGUAUGAAAUUAUGCCCGUCGAGUCUGGACGGAGGAUGUUGCCCAGAAAACUAUGAUUGCGCCAAAGAGAGCUGCCAAGCGACAACGAAGGGACCCUCGACGUGUGGAACAAAAAUAGGCUGGCAUGUUUGCGCUCCGGUCUAUGGAGGAGGCUGUUGUCCUGACGGCUACCUUUGCGAGACAGCCGAUAAUUGUGUACCGCCCUCUGGAUCAGCAUAUACGUACGGUUGUCCAGCUAGCCAGUAUUUAUGUCCGUCAUCACUGAGCUACGGCUGCUGUCCGAAUGGAAUGGCAUGCGGCGUGAACCAGUGCUACUCUUCUGAUCCUGUAACUGUCACAAGUACUAUGGUCAUUACAACGACAAUAAGGGGGGAGCGAACGACUUACAAGACGACAGCCGUGACCGUCGAAACACCAACAGCUCCUACGGCUCUUCCGACGGUAAAUGCUGGGGAAGAUAACGACCAGGCAGUUCUAAAAUACUUCCCUUCAUCAAUUCCCAAAGUCAGCCCAACGAGCUUAUCUGACGAUGACAACGGCGAUAAAGGAGGCCUUUCAACUGGCGCAUUGGCUGGUAUUAUUGCCGGUUCUGUGGCUUUCUUGAUUAUCGUAUUAGUGGCGGCGUUUAUCAUCAUCCGCCAUCUGAACAAGGUUGUUGCCGCUGUCGCCACACCAAAAACAUCGGACAAAUCCAACGGCUCAAAUAGCCAAUCUCGACAGACACGGGAGUACAAGACAGCAGACUCGGCCGUCGAUGAACUAAGCAUCGAUCCAUUAAUACACCCAUCACUGAUACCUCCACGGCCGCGAAACCCCGGCCCUGACUCUGCAGCAACUUCACCAUUCGGUCUCGCCAGUGCAGACCACAGUUCUACUGAGCCUACGCCAGGAGGUAGCGGUUACCACGCGGUACCAGGAAGUGGCAACACCAGCAGACAUGCUAGUUUUGAUGCAAUGGGUAACAGGGACGAUUACUUCAGCGCCGUAGCUGCAGGCGAACAACAUCGAAUGAGCCAUAUCUCUAGACUUACUGGGUCGACGAGGAACCGUUCGAGUACAGAUUCACACGGGACGUAUACCCAUGUUCGGAACUACAGUAAUGCUUCGGAAGGAUCUGAUGGUUCCCCUGGAGUGAUGGCAGGUGCCCAUCCCACGGCAGAGCUAGAAGCAACACCAUAUGUACCAGAACUGCCGAGUUCUCCGUCAUCGGUGGUAUUCCCAAAAGAUGAAAGGCGAAGGUCAUCAGGCAGUAUUGCUAGUGUCCCGAGCCGACGUCCUGUAGCUCAGCGUCAGUCGGUUGGACCACGAAUUCGAAGUGAUUCUCUGGGUCAGAGUAAUCUCAGCAUUGUGAACGAAGAAAUGCAUGGAUUCUAUGGGCCGAGUGAACACCUCGUUGGUCAAACGGACAGCCAUCGGCCGGGAACUCGAGGCUCCAGUAACAGGCAACCAAAUGCGCCUAUGGAACCUCCACGACCUGUGGCUGAGGAGCCAUAA